AGCAGAAGAGCCCCGCCAGGCAGCCUGCUCCAACUGGGCACACUCUCUCCCAACAGCUCGUCUCUCCUGUUUGCUUCAGAUGAUGCCUUGGAUUUAGCCAACCCACACGAGUGCUAUGAAUAAGACACUGGACAAAAUACACACUUCUGGAGGACUCGGACAGAAAGCAGAUAUUUUUCAGAGUGGCAAGGGUAAUGUGAGUGUCUUCCCCAGCCCAGCAAUCAUCCCACUGGAAGAUCCUUCACUAACACCAAAUGCACAGAGGACCAGGACUAAGUUUUGCAAGGGGAGCAGGACUAUUAAAGAGGGAGAGGAGUCUUCAUCUUCCCCUCUCCCAAACCCCUUUCCUGAAAUCCUGCCGCCAACCCUCUCCGAGUCCGUCUCUGAAUUUUUAUUACCGUGGACGAAAAGUAGCGCAAAUCAGGUGAUUAAAGUUUAUGAUGAAAACAACACCAGUAAAGCUGUAGAGGUUCCCACUGAUGUCACUGCCAGGGACAUAUGCCAACUAUUUGUCAUGAAGAAUCAUUGCGUUGACGACCACAGCUGGACUCUUAUUGACCACCUCACCCAGCUGGGAUUAGAGAGGAUCAUAGAAGAUCAUGAAUAUGUUAUGGAUGUGCAAUCAGGCAGUGGGAUGGACACAGACUGUCGGCUGUACUUUAGGAAGAAUUAUGCUAAAUAUGAAUUCUUUAAGAAACCCUUGGACUUUUUCCCAGAUCACAUGGUUUCCAUAUCCACAGAAACUAAUGGCAUUGUGGAUUCCUCCGAGCUUAUUGAGACGUUCCUCAAAUCCAGCACUUGUCCUGAGAUCCACGGCCACCUUCAUGUCAAAGAGCAGAGCAAGAAGUCCUGGAAGAAGUUUUAUUUUGUUUUACGGAGAUCAGGACUUUACUUCUCCACUAAGGGGACCUCCAAGGAACCAAGGCAUCUCCAGUUUUUUGCUGACUUCACUGACAGCGACGUCUACACAGUUUUGUCUGCCAAAAAAAUGCACGGAGCACCAACAGAGUUUGCUUUCUGUGUCAAGGCCACAAAGUGCAGUUCAACGCGUGACUUGAAGCUGCUUUGUGCGGAUGAUGAGCAGACCAAGACCUGCUGGAUCACAGCCAUGCGCUUGUUAAAGUUUGGGAUGCAACUUUACCAAAAUUUCAUUCAGCCUCAUCAAAAACAAAAAGCCUCACCAAUGAGAAGCAUCUCUGAGAACUCGCUGGUGGCCAUGGACUUUUCUGGUCAAAAGACACGAGUGAUUGAGAACCCAUCCGAAGCUUUGUCCGUGGCUGUGGAGGAAGGCCUGUCAUGGAGGAGGAAAAGCUGCCACCGCUUGAGCGGUCACGGGAGCCCCUCCUCCACGCAGAGCUCAGUCCCAAACCUAGCGAUCCACUUGGCUCAGCCGUGGUUCCAUGGAAAGCUGUCUCGGGAAGAGGCUCAGCGUCUAAUUAUUCAGCAGGGCUUUAUUGAUGGCGUGUUUCUUCUGAGGGACAGCCAAAGCAACCCAAAGACGUUUGUUCUCUCGCUCUGCCACAUGCAGAAAAUCAAACACUUUCAAAUCAUACCAGUGGACGAUGAAGGGGAGCUGUACUACACUUUGGAUGACGGUCACACACGAUUUACUGACCUGAUCCAGUUAGUGGAGUUUUACCAGUUAAACCGUGGGACUCUCCCCUGCAGACUGAAGCAUCACUGUAUCCGGAUAACCCUGUGAAACAGGCACUCAAGACAUCCCUGCUGGCCCUUUGCUCUGGGUUUCAUUGGACAAACACCCCUUUUAAUCUUGUGCCUUACAGAAGAACGACUAAGAGACAGCGGUUUUCACAAGGUGGAACAUUCACCGUCCCUUUUUUUUUUUUUCCUUCUCUUUAACAAAACGCCAACUCUCAGAGUGGACUGUAUAAAACAUGACUGAUGUAGAUUGCAAACAAGAUUGUUUCUUGGCUCAGUUAUGUUUCCACAUGUGUUGGGAGAUCUGUUUUGCAAAGUCUAAAUAUGACUUGUUGCUCUUUGCAUUUUGAGGCUGAACAUAUACUGAAAAGAGUAAGAUUGUUUCAUUUCACAAUAUCAGUGAAACGACUAACUUCUUUUUGCAUAGACUAGCUGGUAUUUAAGAGUGUGGAGAAUUACAUACAAUGCCUUAUAAGAGUACUAAAACUGAUUAAUACACAAACUUCAAUAUA